AGAACCCUCAACAGCAACCCGGAAAAAAAAUAUGACGAAGGUUACGUCACGUCAACAUGGCGGCUUUCAGGACUGUGUCAUGCGGAUUGUAGACAGGCUGUCCCUGAGACAGACGAAAACAAAGUUGAGUUUCUUUGUAAAUUACUCAAAGUUUUUUGUUCCAGGAGGAUUAUGGAUCUGUCUUAAUCCGCGAAGACGCCAUUAGGUGAGGAGUCCGCCAUGUUGGCAUCAGUGGUUUCCAGCCUGACGGCAACCUCCAAGAGGAAGGUCGGGUCACUGGUUUCUCUGAGCAGGAGACUGUCCACCAACCAGCCUUUCUCCCAGGAUGAAACCCGCCACCCUCCCCCCGAACCCCCCGCUCCUCUCCCGGACAGCGAGCCCACCACGGUGAUGCAGAGGAGGCCCAGAAAGGACCCCGACGAACGCUCCGUGCUGCUCUUCCCCGGCCAGGGCAGCCAGUUUGUGGGCAUGGCCAGAGGACUGUUGAAGUACCCAAACGUCAAAGAAAUGUUCACGGUAGCCCAGAAGGUCCUCGGGUACGACCUGCUGUCCCUGUGCCUGGACGGACCCGAGGAGGAUCUGAUGAAGACGGUUCACUGCCAGCCGGCGGUGUUUGUCACCUCACUGGCUGCGGUGGAGAAGCUCAACCAUGAAAAGCCCAAGGUCGUUGAGAUGUGCGUUGCCGCCGCAGGUUUCAGCGUUGGGGAAUUUGCUGCCCUGGUUUUUUCUGGUUCCAUGAACUUUGCAGAAGCUCUGUAUGCAGUGAAGGUACGUGCAGAGGCCAUGCAGAAAGCAUCAGAGCUGGUUCCUAGCGGGAUGUUGUCAGUCAUUGGUCGACCGCAGGCCCAGUAUAAAUAUGCCUGUGUGCAGGCUAAAGAGUACUGCAAAAGCCAAGGGAUAGAGGAGCCUGUCUGCUCUGUGGCCAACUAUCUGUUCCCUGAUGGGAGGGUCGUCGCAGGACACCAAAAGGCUCUGGAUUUCCUCCAGCAAAACUCCAGACAUCUCAAUUUCAUGAGGACCAAACCUCUUCCUGUCAGCGGGGCUUUUCACACUGAGCUGAUGCAGUCGGCUGUUGAACCCUUGAGAGAGGUGCUCAGACAGGUGGAGAUUCGUCGUCCUGAGAUCAGCGUGUACUCCAACGUGGAUGGAAAACGCUACAUGAACGAGAGCCACGUCCGCAGGCAGCUGGCGAAGCAGCUGGUGUCGCCCGUGAAGUGGGAGCAAACUCUGCACGAGAUCUACGAGAGGACGCAGGGACAGAAGUUCCCUCACACCUACGAGGUCGGCCCGGGACGGCAGCUCGGCUCCACGCUUCAAAAGUGUAACAGGAAGGCCUUCCUAAAUUACACAAACAUGAAAGUCACAGCUAAUGAAGACUGAUAAUGUGAUGGAAACAACUUGACUGGAAGCUCCUGUGGCUGCUUCUGAUUGUCUUCUUUGGUUGUUAUUAUCUUGUUAUGUAAAUGAUUUUUUUAAAUGAAUGAGACAACAAAAUGUCA